AGCACUAGACGACUAGACCUCAGAGAGCCGCUCACUCCAUCCCGUCGUCCCCUUCUUCGCCAGCGCCCGCGGCCACGCUGCCGCCGCCGAAAUCGCCACCAGCCUCCUUCCAACGAAGCACGGCGGUUACCCUGAAGGUUCUUCUUCAUCAGCGGGCAAGAUCGGCGAGGCGAGCCUUCGUCUACCGCAGCUUCUCCAUCGAUGCGAGAUAAUGGCUCAUCGUGGACACCUAGAUGGACUGAGUACCCAAGCUCCAGGUUUGAUGCGCCAUGGUUCCUUCGCUGCAGCUAGCCUCUCUAGGCUCUCAUCUUUGGACUCUUCGGCCACACUGGAGAUGCUGGAGAACAAGCUUUCCAUGCAAACUGCAGAGGUAGAAAAUCUUAUCAGGGAGAAUCAGCGGUUAGCAAAAAGCCAUGAGGUCUUGAGGCAGGACAUUGUUGAUACUGAGAAAGAGAUGCAAAUGAUUCGCGCCCACCUAGGUGAAAUUCAGGAAGAGACUGAUUUGCAAAUUAGAGAUUUAUUGGAGAGAAUCAGGUUAAUGGAGGCAGACAUACAUAGUGGUGAUGCAGUGAAGAAGGAGCUUCACCAAGUGCAUAUGGAGGCAAAGAGACUUACUGCUGAAAGGCAGAUGCUAACCCUUGAGAUAGGGAAUGUGACUAAAGAACAACAUAAAUUCUCUGCUUCUGUUGACAAUAAAAACCUUCCUGAAUUGUUUGCUGAGCUAGACGGGCUACGAAAAGAGCAUCAUAGUCUACGAUCUCAAUUUGAAUAUGAGAAAAAUACAAACAUCAAGCAAGUUGAGCAGAUGCGGACAAUGGAAAUGAACUUGAUUACCAUGACUAAAGAGGCAGAGAAGUUACGUGCUGAUGUGGCAAACGCCGAAAGGCGGGCACAGGCAGCACAGGCAGCAGCAGCAGCUCAGGCGGCUGGUGCGCAGGUGACAGCUUCACAGCCUGGGACAGCACAAGCUACAGCGGUGUCAGCCGCCGCAAACCCAUAUGCAAGUGCAUAUGCCAAUUACCCCUCCGCAUAUCAGCAUGGAACCCAGCCAGGGGCGUAUCAGCAGGGAACCCAGCCAGGGGCGUAUCAGCAGGGAACCCAGCCAGGGGCGUACACCUACACAACAGCUUAUGAUGCUGCUACUGCUUACCAGAUGCAUGCUGCGCAAGGUAAUGCAUAUGCAGGUUAUUCUGGCUAUCCAGUUGCAGCCUAUGCGCAAAGUGCACUGCACAGUUAUCCUGCUGCCUAUGCUGUACCUCCGCACCCAGUAAGCAGCAGUGCAGCUACGGAUGUUGCAAGCCUAUAUGGCACAGUUGGUAGCGCCGGAUAUCCUGCGGGGCAAGUUCAGCCGAGCAGUGGCACUGCCAACGCAGGGCAAGAACCACCACCAACGGCACCUUAUCCUGGCACAUAUGACCCAACCAGGGCCCAGAGGUGAAAUCCGGGAUGUGAACCAAAUGACUGUUUGCCAUACACAUUAUAUUAAGUGGACACAUAGAUUCGCUUCUA